AUGAACGCAGUCGCUGCGAAAGACAAAUUUUUUCAACAACUACCAGACGCAACUGGGAAGCUAGGUGCCUCCACUCAUCAGAAAUGCACAGCAGCAUUGAGGUGUCUAGCAUAUGGAUCAGCAUCUGACGCAGUCGACGAGUACAUCAAAAUUGCUGAAUCAACAGCAAAGGAGUGCCUUGUGCACUUUGUGCAAGGAAUUCGAAAAGCUUUUACGACCGAGUACUUAAGGAGGCCUACAGUAACCGACUUGCAACGCCUCUUACGUGACGGGGAAAGGCGGGGUUUUCCUGGAAAUGAUGGGCGCAUAGAUUGCAUGCAUUGGCAAUGGAAAAAUUGCCCACGAGCAUGGAAAGGGUUGUAUCAAGGUAGGUCCAAAUCUGCAACGGUAAUUCUAGAAGCCGUGGCCUCCGGAGACUUGUGGAUAUGGCAUGCAUUUUUCGGAACACCGGAACUUGCAAUGAUAUCAAUGUAUUGGCACGCUCUCCGGUGUUUGAUGAUCUUUAUCAAGGAAGAGCUCCUGAGGUCACAUUUAAUGUGA